CUUUAUGUCAUUAACAAGUCUAUAGUAUACAUAAUUUAUAGUACAAAUAUUGCUGCUCUGUAUAAAUACACAGUGUGAUGUUCUAUAAAAGCUUAUAAAUAAUUGUUGUCAGGUUGUCAUUAAGACAUUUUUAAGCAAGGUUUCAAUACCAACAUUUAAAACCAUGGCCGACGAGUUUCCCGAUCCUGAUGAAGAGUUUGAGCUCAUGCAUGCUGCUGAGAUGGAAAUGAUGCAAGAAAUGGAGAUGGAAAACUUUGAUGAUGAAAUGUAUGCAGACCACGAUCCGGGACCCAAAGCCAAAAGAAGUCUUGAUUUUAAGAACACUAAAAAUGACUCUUUGAAGUUAAGCCCCCCUCCUGAAGUGGAGCCACUUCUUAACAACUCAUUUCUAUCUCAGAAUGAAACUAGUAAAACUACCGGCACUCAGCUCUCAAAGAGUCAGCAGGGUAAAAAUAGCUCAAUUCUUGAAAAUGGACAAGACCCUGUAAAUACAGAAAACAUACUUGUGGCGCUGAAUGAAAAUGGGGCGAUAUCCAACAAAAGGCGAGUCGAAGAUUUGUUUGGUGAUAUUGAUGACAUUUACUUUGAUGAUGAACACACAUCUAAAAAGUCCAAAAACGACGAGCUGACUGAAGAUGAAAAACAACAAAUGACAAUUGAAACUAUUUUAUUUGAAAGGAAACGCCUCCAAGAAUCCAAAAUAUUACCCCGCUUAACCAAUUCAAACUCAAGAUUCACAAAAUCAAACAAAGUAAAAUUUUGUCGGACAGUUCCAAGAUACAAUUUUAUGCCCCUAACUGACGGAAAAGGUGAGAGGCUCUACACAAGACUUCAUACUGAAGAGGACAUUGAAAAAGAGAUAUCGGAAAUGACAAAUCAAACUCCAGCUGGAGGACUUCUCUCAAUCCCUUUUGAACAAUUACAAAAACUGGCCGAGGAACAGUUACAAAGAAAGUGGGAUCGGAUCGAGAAGGUGCAGCAGGAGCAACAAAGUAGACUGGAACUGGAGAUUUUCAAAGAAAAGGACGAGGAUCUGUGGGUUGAGAAAUACAAGCCUAAGAACUACUUGGAGCUUUUAAGUGAUGAGGGCACCAAUCGAGCGUUGUUACAAUGGUUGAAACUUUGGGACAAAGUAGUGUUUGGCAUUGAAAGAAAAGUCAAAGCGAAGCACAAAGAUGAUGGGAAACACAAAGGCUACAACAAGUUUCAACGCAAGACAGGCCCCAUAGUGAGUGAUGAGCUGGACGAGCAUGGUCGGCCGAUACACAAGAUAGCGUUGUUGUGUGGACCUCCAGGCCUUGGCAAGACUACUCUGGCGCAUAUGAUAGCUCACCAAGCGGGUUACAACGUGGUGGAGGUGAACGCAAGUGAUGACCGUAGUCCGGAGGUGUUCCGCACACAACUAGAGGCUGCCACUCAGAUGAGAGCUGUGAUGGGAGCUGAGCGGAGACCCAACUGUCUGGUGUUGGACGAGAUAGACGGCGCACCCUCGACGAGCAUUGAUGUACUUCUCAAGUUUGCUCUGGGGAAGGGAUCGUUGCGCGGAAAGGGAGCGAAGGCUAAGAAAGCAGCUGGAGGAGAUAAAACUAACAUUUUGAAGCGACCAAUCAUCUGCAUCUGCAACGACGUGUAUGUUCCUGCGCUGCGGCCUCUGCGACAAGCUGCGUUUGUGGUGCACUUUCCCCCCACCUCCACUGCAAGGCUGGCUCAGAGAUUGUGUGAGAUCACACGGCAGCAGCAUCUGAAGACGGAUCUUGGCGCCAUGAUGGCACUGAGUGAGAAGACCAACAAUGAUAUCAGAGCCUGCCUGGGACUACUGCAGUGUCUCAAGACACAGGCGACCAAUGGUCAAGAAGCAACCGUGAGGUUAUCACAGAUCCAUGCUGCUACUAUUGGAGAAAAAGAUAUGCAGAAAGGACUGUUUACUGUGUGGCAGGAAAUAUUUCAGAUACCUAAACCAAAGAGAAAGACUUUUGUGGAGACGGUGUCCCGAGAUGCAGCCAAAGCAGCGCUGGACUUGGAUUCUUGCAAUACCAAGACAUCAACGUCCACCCUCUCUGAAAGGAUACGUUCAGUGUUGAAGACAGUUCAGGGUUGUGGGGAUUACGAUCGUCUAGCUCAGGGAGUGUUUGAAAACUACCUCAACAUGAAGUCAAAAGACUCAACUAUGGUUUCGAUAUCCAGUGGAUUAAGUUGGUUCUGCACGUUUGACUUGAUGUCCACCAAGAUCCACACCACGCAGAACUACGUAUUGUACCCAUAUCUGGCGUAUCCGUUUGUCAUCUGGCACUUGCUGUUUGCUAGUCUCACCUGGCCCAAGCUCGCCUAUCCCAGCACUGGUUACGAGAUGUCUGUUAGACUACAGAAGUGUACCCAGCUAGUAGAUGAGGUACUCAAGUCUAUGGUGGCGUCAGUGAGAGCCUACACAUACAGAGAACAGCUCAUACAAGACACACUACCUCUCCUGCUAGAGAUCAUUGUACCUGUGCUUCGGCCUGUGAGCCUGACUCUGUACAACAGCAAGGAGAAGGCAGAGAUGAGCCAUGUGAUCAGUGUCAUGAUUGACUACAACUUGACCUACACUCAGGAGAGAACUGCUGAUGGCAGCUUCCACUUCAACUUGGAUCCCAAUGUAGAGGAGGUAAGCCGGUUUGAAGGAGUUAAGGGUCGCACGCUGAGCUACGCCGUGAGACAACUGAUGUCUCGUGAGAUAGAGCUAGAGAAGCUGCGUAGAGCCGAGGCCAGCUUGUACCGAGACAGUACUCCUGCCAUGUCAGAUACUACUGUCUCUGCAAGCCCAUCAAAGAGGAAGCUACCUUCUACACCCAAAGGUGCCGGGAAGAAAGCUCUACCAAACCAUUUACAAAGGCUGACACCAAAGGCAGUAAACAAACCUGAAGACUUGCAAACCAAGGACUUCUUCGGACGUGUGGUGGAAAACUCGCUUGUGCCCAACCAACGGAAAGCUAGAACAGACGAGAUUGUGAAGAGUGAUAUUUGGUACCAUUUCAAGGAAGGCUUCAACAACGCUGUCAGAAGAAAUGUUACCAUGGCUGAUCUGUACUGACUAACAGCAACUUCUAUAGUCAAUGGAUCAACGAUGAUCAAAGAUCGCAUUUUAUCAUUGCAAUGUAGAAGACCUUCUAGACGUCGGUCAGAAGACCUUCUACAAGUCAGGCAACGCCUUCAACAUACUUUAUUGCCAACGAUUUGCCUUUGGCUAACCAGGAAAUAGGUGGACCUCAUUAUAGAAUAUUUUCGUUAGUCACUCUUUACUUUGUUGAUUUGAGCCAGAUUCUUUUGGGAUGGACACACGAGUUUUUACAGCACUAACGUGGAAAAACUGUUUCGCCUGGUAUUUUUGUUUAACAGUGAUACUCUGGCCUCUUUUCUAUUUAACUGCAAGUGCCUUCAGAAAUGUUAUAAACAGCUUUUGUAUUGUGUUUUAGCACUAGUGUGUUUCAAACUGCUUUCAAUGGCAAAAAAUAACACAAACAAAACUCAUUAUUUAUUAGUUUUAUUUUUUAUUAAUAAUUGUCUUGUGAGUGCAGAAAUGAGUAUUUUUUAUCCUUAAUCUUAUAUUUCAAACAGUUGUCUAUAAAAUAAAAAAAAAAUCAGUGAAUAAUAAGGUUUUAUAUUUAAUGUUAUAUUUAUGAAUUUACUAUUUAUUACUUUAAUGUACGUGUUAUUAAAUUGUGAUCUAAGCUAUGUAAUGUUAAGCAGUUCUUUCAAUUGUAUGUAUAGUGUGAAGCCGAAAUGUACAGUGUUUUCUAUCUUAAGAAACAUCACUUACAAAAUGUUCUUACCCACAAAUACGAGUUUGCUCAAGCUUAAAUUUAACUGUAAUAGUGUAUGUUUACAGCAUAAUCCUCAAUUCAUGCACAAUUAGUGGACAGAAACUGUGAAGGAAAAACAAAAUCAGAUUUUGUAUUUUAUAAUUAAAGUAGUUUUAUUCUGCCAUUCUUUGUUUAAUUUAAACUAUUUGGUAUCUUAAAAUUAUUUUGUACUGUGUAUGUGUAGAUAGAUUUAUUAAAAAAAAACAAUUGCAGAUUCUCUA